AUAACGCAAACGAAAAUUCAAAAGAGAGAGAAAGACACAGUACUAAUUGCCAGUCGUCGUUCAUGGCGGCGACCCAUUCUUUUCCCAUGGAAUCUCUCUGACUCUUCCCUUUUAAGCUCUAAACACCACAACCACACAAACCCUUUCCUCGAGAACGCCGUCGUUUCACUCCAACAACAAUGCCUCUCCUCCUCCGGUUCUUGGUGGUCGCGUUUUGGAUCUUCGGGUCAACGCCUAUUGGACUCGUGAACUCGCACCAUGAGUCCGGCGAGUGGAGCUGUGAGCCGGACCAGGAGACCCGAGUCGUUGCCGAUUUCAAACCCGGACUCGUCACGGUCGAUGGGCAUGCCGAUGAUUGGAGAGACGUUGAGGGUUUCGAGUUCUCUCUCCUCCCUGCUCUCGACCCACAUGAGGAACACGAGUAUAAAGGUGGAAAGAUGAGUGUUAAGGCAUUGCAUGAUGGGAAGGAUGUGUAUUUCAUGUUACAAGUUGAUGGGGACUAUGCAUACUCAAAAGGCAACAGUAACAAAUGCCCAUCUGUUGCUCUGAUGUUUCAAGUUGGUGAGAGUGCCUCAUAUCAUAAUAUGGGUGGGUGUAAAGAAUCGCCAAAUUCAUGCACCAGUAAAAGCUGCCAUGGCUAUGAAGUUGACAUCAUGCACUUCUCCAUUGGAAAUGCUAUUCCUGGUCGUUUAUAUGGUGGCAAUCCAAUUGACAACAGAGAUGGGAAUGGAGGUGACAGGUUCGGUCAUUUGGUUGAUUUGUAUUCUUGGAAUCCUCAUUGUCGAUACCUCGACGGGAUGAGUCCUUCAGGAAAUGAUUCUAGUGCACAGAAUAACUGGAAGGGUGUGUGGUGGCAUAGCAGUUUGACAAUGCAUUCAGGUUUUGUAGAGGGAGAGAGUCCUUAUGGAUCGUCUGAUCAAAAAGGAACGUACUAUUUUGAAUUUUCAAGACCCCUGAGAACCAUGGAUCGUCUUCAACAGGAUGUUCAAUUCACCAUUGGUCAAACAAGCAAAUUUUCGGCCGCAUUUUGGUAUCCAGUUGAUGGGAAUCCAUGGCAUGGGGCAGGGCACUAUUCCAUCCACUGUGACUGGGUACCUCUGGAUAUCUCUUCUGGGAGUUCCGCACUCUCCACAAAGGCUUCAAGAAGUUCUGGGGAUGCUGCCAGUGCGUUUGCUCUUGUUUUAUCAGCACUCUCUUUUUGCUUAUCCAUUUUUAUUGGGUACUGGGUUUCUAAGAACAAAGCUAUCCCCUUUACACCUAUGGAUCGUCUUUAGAAUCCAUUGCACCUUCUUCUUUUUUUCAUUUGCUGUUGGUCCGGGGGUAGGGUUUAGUUCGGGUUUGGGAUCAAGAUACAGGGAUAUUUGUUGGCAGCACUAGUUAUAUAUAUAAUGUUUUUUAGAUUGUUACCCUCAGGUUGUAACAAGAACUUUCUUUUUCACUAAAUUUGUUUGUUGAGAAUGAAAAAUAAUAGAAAUUUAGAUCAGUUGUUUACCUUA